AUGGCCGGAACAGCUGGACCAGGCGUCGGGUUCGAAUACCCUCCCAAGGAGAUUUCCUGGGUGAAGCGUGAUGUGCUGCUGUUUGCCAACACCAUUGGCUGCACUGCUGACGAGCUUCAUUUCCUCUAUGAACUCCAUCCCGACUUCAAGGUCUUCCCGACAUACUCCCUUAUUCUUCCGUUCAAGGGCACCAGCCAGGAAGUAGUCGACUUCUACGCCGCGCAGCAGGCGGUCCAGAUCCCUGGUGUUCCGGCGUUCGACUCGCGCCGCGUGGUCGACGGCCAGCGCAAGAUUGAGUUCUUCAAGCCCCUCCCUCCCACAUCGGCCGGCCACAAGUUCGAGGUCCGCACCAAGGUCGUCGGCGUCUACGACAAGGGCCGUCCCGGUAGCAUCGUCGAGAUCCAGGAGGACGUGGUCGACGCCGCCACCAACGAGGUCUACUCGCGCGUCAUCGGCUCCGCUUUCUACAUCGGCCAGGGCAACUGGGGCGGCCCCAAGGGCCCCGCCACGGAGAACUACCCUCCCCCCAAGGACCGCAAGCCCGACGUCACCUUCGUCCAGGAGACCAACGCCCAGUCCGCCCUCUUGUACCGCCUCAACGGCGACUACAACCCCCUGCACGCCACCCCCGAGCCCGGCAAGAAGAUGGGCUUUGGCGGCGCCAUCAUGCACGGCUUGUACUCGUGGAACGCGACGGCUCAUGGCCUGCUCAAGGCCCUGGGCGGCAGCGACCCGGCCAACAUCAAGGAGUAUCAGGCGCGGUUUGCAAGCCCUGUCCUUCCCGGUGAUAAGCUCGUGACAGAUGCAUGGAGGACUGGUGAGAUCAAGGACGGCUGGGAGGAGAUCCGUUUCCAGGUCAAGGUGGAGGGCGGCAAGGUAUGUCUGAGCAACGGGCGGGCUUUGAUGAAGGUUGUGGGUGACGGCAAGGCGAAGUUCCUCCAAGGCGUCUCCAAAUCACCCACAGCUGCCUCGUUCGUCCGCCCAACCAGGACGGCGGAUAGGCCGCAAAGCUUCGUCGCAGCGCUACAGGAAAAGUAUGGCCACGAGGCGGGGGACCAGGGAGAUGCGACGGCCCAGCGGAACCCCUAUCGUAAUGCGGACGUCGAGUUUGUCUUCUUCGGGAAGAAGGUUGCCGAGGAAGUCGGCUUCGAUAAGAUCCGACGCCAGCUCGCGAGGCUUGAUGAGCUGAAGAUUGUCAUUCUCGAUGGCAUGCGCAUUGCUUGGGAUAUGUUGCCUGAUGAUGGCGAGAAGGGGAUUAAGGAGACGAGUCCCCUUGUUUCCGAACUGGACCUCGGCAGGAAUCUCUUCGAGUCGUUCAGUACCGUGGUGCGAAUAUGUCGCGAGCUCCCAGAACUGCGCAGUUUGAGGCUCAACGGCAACCGGUUCCAGCGUCUACGCAAAGAUCAGGAGUCGUUUUCAGAUUUCAAGGAUGCCUUCUCGGGUGUCAAGGAGCUCGAACUAGAAGGGACCCUUCUCCCGUGGGAACACCUGUGUCAGGUUGCUACCUGUUUCUCGUCUCUAGCUGUUCUUAACGCAAGCUUUGAUCAGCUUCUCUCUUUGCCGCCUGUCGACCUGGGCACGCUGACCACGACCCUCACAACACUAACGCUCGAGUUCAACGACUUCACCUCUCUAUCAGAUCUAUCGUCCCUCACUUCCCUGUCGUCCCUCCGCAGCCUUCACCUCAAAGGCAACUCCAUCUCCAGCAUUUGCCCAUCCAGCGACAUUUCUCCUCCCGUCUUCUCCUCUUCUCUCAUAUACCUCGACGUUUCCUAUAAUGCUAUCUCUACAUGGUCUUUCAUCGACGCCCUCACAACCUCGAUCCCUGGCCUCACCGCCCUCCGCAUCGCUCAUAACCCCAUCUACGACAAUCCCGAUCUCGACCAGGAAAUAGGGCUAAAGUCCACUUCAGCAGGUUUCUCACAGACCAAGGGCACAGACGAAGCUCACAUGAUCACCACCGCCCGCAUACCGGCCCUCAAAUCCCUCAACUUCGGACCCAUCACAAUGCAAGACCGCACCAACGCGGAGCUUUUCUAUCUCUCCCGCAUCGCGAAGCAGCUCUCCUCCGUCCCGGAAUCGGAGGAGGCGGCGGUCAUCGCCCGGCAUCCCCAGUACGCCGCACUGUGCGAGAAACACGGCGAGCCGGCCGUCGUGCGUCGGGACGAGGUCAACCCGGCUUUCCUCGAAGCUCGGCUCGUCAAGGUGCGGUUCCGUCUCGCCGCGGGUGGUAGUGGUGGUGACGGAAGUGGGGGUGAUGUUGCAGUAGCCAAGACGACGGAGAUUCCGCGUUCGUUUGACAUGUACGCCGUGCAGGGCGUCGUGGGCAAGCUUUUUGGCCUUCCGCCGCUUUCCGUCAGGCUGGUCUGGGAAACGGGCGAGUGGGACCCUGUGGGUGGUUUCGAUGAAGAGGUCGACAGCAGCGAUGGUGAAGACAGCGACACUGGCGAAGCACCGGAAGGGAAGGAGCGGGAGAAGACCACCGCCCCUUCUGCCGGGGGUGAAGAGCCUUUCGGGAAUGGGGAACAGGUUGAGGCCAACAAGACGGGUCGCUGGGUCAAGAGAGAGGUGGAGCUUGUGGAGGGACCACGGCAGCUUGGUUUUUGCGUUGAUGGCAUAGAGGCAACCAUCCGUGUUGAGGUCCGCUAG